GAAUGCUUGUUCACCAAGCUUCGCGAUGAUACAGCUAUCCGUGUUUCAUGGAAUGGAGCCCUUCGCGUGCAUGGCUGCACAGGAUGUUGCAAACGCUGGUAUUUCACUUUCAACGGUGCUGAAUGCUCGGGUCCCUUGCCAAUUGAUGGUUUUGUGUACCUGGGUGGAGUGUCAAAGCACGCAGAUCCCCAUCGUAUCCGCCAUAUCGAGGGACACUGUACAAACGUUCAUAAAGGCAAAGUGCGGGUGGGAUUCUGUGUCGGUGAUUGUAAAGGUUAUGGAGACGCAGACGCUUACAGUGGCUGGAAUUCAGCGUCCCGCAUCUAUGUUGCAGAAGUUCCAAAACCUCAGGAGUACUGA